CUCAGCUGUGGUCUCGCGGUCCCACGUGCGAGAACAAGAGACUCGUGGGCUUCACGCGCAGCGCCAUGAAUUCACAACUGUAAACAACAAAGUUUCAGCUAGCAUCCAGAAAUGUUGUUUUCCAAAGAAGUGCCAUGGCGGCGGCUGGAGGGCAUGUCGUUCGGCUUUUACACAACCGAAGAGAUAAGAAAGUUGAGCGUGAAAACCAUCACCAACUCCAGGCUUCUGGACGGCGUUGGAAAUGUGGCCCAGAACAGUUUGUAUGACCUGGCUCUGGGGCCAACAGACACCAAAGAGAUUUGUUCCACCUGCUGUCAGGAUUUCAACAACUGUCCAGGACACUUUGGACACAUCGAGCUGCCUCUACCAGUCUUCAACCCGCUGUUCUUUGAUAAACUGUACCUGUUGAUCCGCGGCUCGUGCCUGUUGUGUCACAUGUUGACGUGUCCCCGCGCCGCCAUCCACCUGCUGGUGAACCAGCUCCGGUUACUGGAGCAUGGAGCCAUGGUGGAGGUACAUCUUGUGGAGAGCGUUCUUAAUCAGCACCUUGAAGAAAACCCCAAAGCCACAGGAGACGAGAUCGAGCAGGUGCUGAGGGAGUUCACCAGCAUGGUCAUUGGAGCGAACGCCGAGGCUUCACAGAACUUCAAACCUAUUAAACAUCUGGUGGAGAAGAAGAGCAGCUUGAUAAACAACUUCUGGAAGGUCCACAUGAACUCCAGGAAGUGUUCGUAUUGCAGAGGUGGCAAGUCAAUGGUGCGUCGCGAACACAACAGCAAGCUGAUCAUCACCAUGCCAACGGGAGGACAGACUGCUGAAAACACAGGUAUUGCAGAAGAUCUGAUGGGAAAGAGAGUGUUUCUCAUGGCCAGCACCGCUAGGGAGCACAUCAGUAAAGUCUGGGAGAAAGAGGGUUUUUUCCUGAAGUUGCUGUUUCCUGGUCUGGCGGAGAGCUCAGGAUCUGAGGGACAGGAGGGUUUCUACCCCAACCUGUUCUUCCUGGAGCUGCUGGUGGUUCCACCCUGCAGGUAUCGCCCCAUUAAUCGCCUAGGUGACCAGAUGUUCACCAACGGCCAGACGGUCAACAUGCAGGCUGUGAUGAAGGACUGCGCCGUCAUCAGGAAGCUUCUGGCUCUCAUAGCAGGAGAGAAGCAAACUGAGGAGCAGGAGGAGGGAGUGGUGAGGGAGCGUCACGGCUUCCUUUUGGGAACACUUUAUCUCAGCUCUUUAUUUAUCCUACCAUUUGUUUCUCCUCCCCAGACGUUUGAGGCAGACGAUCAAACGUUCCUGUCGGGAAUCAGUGGAGCGACGUUACAGGAUAAGCUCUAUAACACGUGGAGCCGCCUGCAGAGCCAUGUCAACAUUGUCUUCGACAGUGAUAUGGACAAACUGAUAACGGAUAAAUACCCUGGGAUCAGACAGAUCCUGGAAAAGAAGGAUGGAUUGUUCCGGAAGCACAUGAUGGGGAAGCGGGUGGACUACGCCGCCCGGUCCGUCAUCUGUCCCGACAUGUACAUCGGAACCAAUGAGAUCGGGAUCCCCAUGGUGUUUGCCACCAAGCUGACCUACCCUCAGCCCGUCACGCCUUGGAACGUGAAGGAGCUCCGGCAGGCCGUCCUCAACGGGCCCAACGUCCACCCCGGCGCCUCCAUGGUGAUUAACGAGGACGGCAUGAAGACCAUCCUGUCGCCCAGUAACGCCACGCAGAGGGAGGCGGUCGCCAAGCAACUGCUGACGCCCUGUCCCGGUCCACACAAGAUGCCCAUGAAGAUUGUGAAUCGACACAUAAAGAAUGGAGACGUUCUGCUGCUCAACAGACAGCCCACCCUGCACAGACCCUCCAUACAAGCCCACUGCGCUCGCAUCUUACCUGGAGAGAAGGUCCUGCGGCUUCACUACGCCAACUGCAAGGCGUACAACGCCGACUUUGACGGAGACGAGAUGAACGCCCACUUCCCUCAGACUGAACUGGGCCGAGCCGAGGCCUACACGCUGGUCAGCACCAACCAGCAGUACCUCGUCCCCAAGGACGGUAAACCUUUAGCAGGCCUCAUCCAAGACCACAUGGUGUCAGGAACCAAGAUGACCAUCAGAGGCUGCUUCUUCACCAAGGACCAGUACACCGAGCUGGUGUACCGAGGGCUGACCGACAAGAAGGGCCGGAUCAGGCUGCUGGCCCCCGCUGUCCUCAAACCUCAGCAGCUGUGGACCGGGAAGCAGGUCGUCUCCACUUUAUUGCUGAACGUUCUCCCAGACAAAGCCGUCCCGCUUAACCUCACCGGCAAAGCCAAAAUCCCUGGCAAGGCUUGGAUCCAGCUCCCACCUCGAUCUUCUCCUGGGUACAACCCAGAGAGCAUGUGUGAGUCACAGGUGGUGAUCCGUCAGGGCGAACUGCUGGUCGGUGUUCUGGACAAAGCGCACUACGGCUCAUCGGCCUACGGAUUGGUCCACUGUUGCUACGAGCUUUACGGAGGGGAGACCAGCGGGAAGCUACUCAGCUGCCUUGCUCGACUCUUCACUGCCUACCUGCAACUCUACAGGGGCUUCACUCUGGGAGUGGAAGACAUUCUGGUGAAACCUGGAGCCAAUAUGCGGAGGAAACAAAUCAUCCAAGAGUCUCUGAAAAUUGGCACCAAGGCCCUGCAGGCUGCCUUCAACUUGCCUCCCAGCACGACUCCGGCUGAAGCUGCCAGUCGGUGGCAGGACGCUCACCUCAGCCCCGACCAGAGAGACUUUAGCUUGGCCGAUCACAAAUUCAAGGAAGUGGCCAAUCAAGUGAACAACGACAUCAACAAGGUGUGUAUGCCAGUCGGACUGCACACCCCGUUCCCAGACAACAACCUCCAGCUCAUGGUGCAGUCUGGAGCUAAAGGUUCCACCGUCAACACUAUGCAGAUCUCCUGCCUGCUGGGCCAGAUAGAGCUGGAAGGCCGCCGGCCGCCCCUGAUGCCUUCAGGAAAGUUUCUGCCUUGCUUCCAGCCAUAUGACCCUUCGCCUGGCGCGGGGGGCUUCGUUUCUGGACGCUUCCUCACAGGAAUCAAGCCACAGGAGUUUUUCUUUCACUGCAUGGCUGGGAGAGAAGGACUGGUGGACACGGCUGUGAAAACGUCCCGAUCAGGAUAUCUGCAGAGAUGCAUCAUAAAGCACUUGGAGGGUCUGGUGGUGCAGUAUGACCUGACCGUCAGAGACAGCGACGGCUCCGUGGUCCAGUUCCUGUAUGGCGAGGAUGGGCUGGACAUUCCCAAGACCCAGUUCCUGCAGCCCAGGCAGUUCCCAUUCAUCGAGAACAACUACGAGGUCAUCAGGAGGUCACAGGACCUGGACAGCGUUCUGGCCCGUUUGGACCCUCACACUGCAGCCCGCCACUUCACAGCCAUCCAGCGCUGGAAAGCAAAGAGAGAGCUGGCGUGUCCCCGGAGAGGUGCCUUUCUACUGUUUUCCCAGAAGAAGUUAGCAAAACUACGAGAGGCCAUCCCGUCAACUGAGCCGCUGCCCGCUCAAGAUCCUGCAGUGCUGCAGCUGGUGAAGGACUGGCACUCUCUGGACGAAGCCAGCAGAGUCAAAUACACCAGGCGGUCGUCCCGCUGCCCUGAGCCGACCCUGGGCCUGUUCAGGCCCGACGUCUGCUUCGGGUCGGUGUCGGAAAACUUCCAUGACAUCACCGAAAAGUACUUUCAGAACAGAGGUAACGCCACGGAGGACGGCAUGGAGACGCAGAGGCUGCGACAGCUGCUGCACUAUAAGUGGCAGCGCUCCCUGUGUGAUCCGGGGGAAGCUGUGGGCCUGCUGGCAGCUCAGUCCAUAGGUGAGCCCUCCACCCAGAUGACCCUCAACACCUUCCACUUUGCGGGCAGAGGAGAGAUGAACGUCACUCUGGGAAUCCCUCGACUGAGGGAGAUCCUGAUGGUGGCCAAUUCCAACAUUAAAACCCCCAUGAUGAGCGUCCCGGUGCUGAACAACAAGAAGGCCUUGAAGAGGGCCAAAACGCUGCGGAAGCAGCUCACCAGAGUCUGCCUCGCUGAGGUGCUGCAGAAGGUGGACGUUGUCGAGACGCUUCGCAUCGAAACUAAUCAAACACUGCAAUCGUUUAAAGUCACCUUUCACUUCCUGCCUCCGGAGCGUUACUGUGACGACAAACUGUUAACUCCCCAUCAGAUCCUCCACUACAUGGAGACGAGGUUUUUCCGUCUCCUCCUGGAAGCCAUUAAAAAGCGUUCAGCCAAGCUGGCCUCCAUCGCCGUGGAGACGAGGAAGGCCACCUAUGGAGAUAAAAACAUGGAUGAGGAUGGGACCGCAGACGACCAGGACGGUGGUGGAGAAGAGGAGGAGGAAGGAGAGAUUGUCGAUGACCAGGGGAAUGAAGGAGACGCUGAUGCAUCAGACGCCAAGAGGAAAAGCAAACAGGCAGAGGAGGUAGACUACGAAAGCGAAGACGAGGGCGAAGGCAGCGAUGCUGAAGAGGAUCAGGGUGAGGAGGAGAACAGCCAGGCAAACGCAGCGGAGGAGACCCAACCAGAGUCAGCAGACACUGGAGAGCAGCAGCAGCAGGAGGAAAAAACAAGAGUGAGGCCAAGUAGAGGCUCCCUGGUCCAGAUGAGGGUGAACUCAGUUCUGUCUUCUAACUCGGCCAUACAGAGAUACUCCUUCGAUCAGCAGGAAGAACUCUGGUGUGAGGUGGAGCUGGAGUUCCCUUUGAACAGGGUCCACUUCGACCUGACCUCGGUCCUGUCGACUCUGGCCCAGAACGCCGUCAUCAUGGAGACCCGAGGCCUGACGCGGUGCCUUCUGAGCGAGACCACAACCAAGUCUGGGGAAAAACAGACGGUUCUCAACACAGAGGGCAUCAACAUGCACGAAAUCUUUAAGUACAACGAUAUCCUGGACAUCAACAAACUGUACUCCAAUGAGGUCCACGCCAUGGCCAGCACCUACGGGAUCGAAGUGGCUCUGAAAGUCAUAGAGAAGGAGAUCAAAGAUGUCUUUGCAGUUUAUGGGAUUGAGGUUGACCCCAGGCAUCUGUCGUUGGUGGCAGACUACAUGUGUUUCGAAGGCGUCUACAAGCCGUUAAACCGACACGCCAUCAUGUCGAACUCUUCCCCUCUGCAGCAGAUGACCUUCGAGACCAGCUUCAAGUUCCUCAAACAGGCCACCAUGCUGGGGUCACAUGAUCAGCUGGUUUCUCCCUCGGCCUGCUUGGUUGUGGGGAAGGUGGUCAAAGGUGGAACAGGACUGUUUGAACUGAAGCAGCCUCUGCAGUAGGACGAGCCGCUGGCAACUGUUUGCGUGUUUGUUGAUCUCGACCCUGCAGCUGAAGCGCCAUUUGUCUGGAAAGCAGGCGGGAAUAUUAUGUUCAACAGGUUUUUUAAGAGUACCUUGCAAACCAAAUGUCCUGUUAUAAAAGGUUUGAUGUGGAGAUUAAUGUAACCUAUUAAAGCCUUCCAGUUUUUUUUACAGGAUAAUGUUUAUGCUUUUAAGCAUAUAUUGUAUGAUACAGUAAAUAAAUAAAAAGUUCCUGUUCAAAACUUUUUAAACUGAGACUUUACUGUCAUAAAUAACAUAAUCGUUUAGAAGGCGGCCUACAUCUCCACUGUUUCCCGUAUCUAAUGAUGUACAAAGUAACAAUAAAUCUUAAUUGUUAGCGG